AUGAGCAGAGGAGCAAAGGACGGUGAUGAUGCGGCCGUAAACAAAUAUGUACAGGGCAACAAUGAUAUACCGAAUGAUGAGAUUAUAGACUCGAUUUUUCUGGCCAAACAAACGGUUCAUGCUGAUGACGCCAUUGAUUACGAGGACUUUGAUGAAUUGGCAGAAGAUGAACUUGAAGAAGAAGACGAAGGUACAGACCUUGGUGGUGCCGCCAAUGAGAUAGCUGUAGCUGAUGGUGAUGGUGGCAUGGUAGAGGUGGAUCAGGAGGAAGCGGAGUUACAGCGGAGAGCUGAAAAACAAUUUGAUGAUCUCUUUGGUCCCGGUGAAGAUGAUGAUGUUAAUAGAAUGCAUGUUGAUGAUGGAGGAUAUAUGGGGGAUAUUGGUGGGCAUGAGGGCCAUUAUAACGAUCUUAAUGAUGAUUAUUUGAUGGCUCCUGAUGAUAAUGGGUUAACUAAUAUGGAAUUGGGGGAUAUAUUUGGUGAUGGUGAAGGUGAUGAUCAUGUUGGCUUUGAAGAUGAUGUUAGUGUUGGAGAAAUGUCUGACCAUGAACAUCAUCAACAGUCGACAAAAGUCUUAGUAGGUGCUAGACGAGAUGAAUCAAGAAGAAAAAUCGCUCGAGCAAUUGAGAGACUUCGUCGAAGGAAAGUUGAAGGGAAAUCAGUGCUACGGCGAAUGCUUUCUUAUUAUUAUCCAGAUUAUAGGGAUGAUAAACCUUUUAAUUUCCAUAAACACUUUUAUCCAUCUCCAAUCUACUUUAAAAAUCAUAGACCUCCUAUUGCAUUCAAGGAGAUCACCAAACCUUUUAUUCCUACGAAGAUUGCAUUUGAAUUGGCCCCAGAUGGAAGAAAAUUGUUCACCAAACCGUUAUCUGAGAUUUCGUCUUCUUCCUUCAGUAACCAAAACGUUAGUGAGAAUCUUGCAAAUAAAGACGGAUUCAUUGUUGAGCUUUAUGAAGGUCUUCCUACAAGAAAACCAGUAGAGUUCUUAGAGAAAGAUGCUCUGACAGAUGAUAAAUUCAUUGAAUUCCUGAAAGAUUUGGUGCUAUCAACAACUGGAUGGGACGAUGAGCAAAUAAUAAACCCUAAACCUCAAGCUUCAAAUGGAAAGACCAAUUCACAAAACACAAUUGUGCGUGAACGUGAAGUGCCAGGACAGGCAAAGAUUAUUGAUAUUAAUUACGAUGAUGAUAUGAUAUUUGAGGGGCAAAUAGAUAAGAAAUUACUUGCGUUGGAUAUGAAUGAUCCUAAUUUAUUAUUUGUCCCCGAGAAAAUGGCAGCGACAUCUAAGGUACUAAUAUCUCCCAAAGAUCGUUUGUUCAAUAUGAAAUUUAAUAUCUCCAAUGAUAAGCAAUAUGAGGUUUUGAAGGCUAAUUAUCAUAAGAAGGUUAGAAGUCAAUUGAGUAAUUUGAAUAUUGAGCAUUCUGUUCCAGCAUUGAGAUUACAAACUCCAUAUUAUAAGGUCAGACUUAACAAGCAAGAAUGUCGAUCAUUCCAUAGACCCAGAUUCAGUGUUCGUCCAGGUACUUUAGUAAGUUUUUCGAAGCUAAAAAUCAGAAAGAGAAAGAAGGACCGGGGCAAGACACCUCAAGAAAUUUUCAGUAGAACUUCAGAUCUAACACUUGCCGAUACCGGUCCAUUAAUUGGUAUGGAAUAUUCUGAGGAAUAUCCUCAAUUGUUAUCAAAUUUUGGUAUGUGUUCCAAAGUGGUCAAUUACUAUAGAAAGGAGACUAAAGAUGAUAAUACAAGACCGAAAACAUCAAUUGGAGAAACCCAUGUGUUAGGUAUGGAAGAUAGGUCACCAUUCUGGAAUUUUGGGGAGGUUGCACCGGGGCAAUUUGUUCCAACACUUUACAAUAAUAUGGUUAGAACUCCAAUUUUCAAGCAUGAUCCCAAGUCAACUGAUUUCUUGAUGAUUCGUUCACAAGGGGCAGGAAGUCACCAGAGAUUCUAUUUAAGAAACUUCAACAGCAUGUUUGCAGUUGGAAAUGUUUUUCCAGUGGUUGAAGUUCCUGCUCCACAUUCUAGAAAGGUUACCAACACAUCUAAGAACAGAUUAAAGAUGGUUGUUUUCAGAGUUAUGAAUAGUAAAGGAGAAUCCCGUAUUUCAGUGAAAGAUAUUUCCAAACAUUUCCCUGAGCAUAAUGAUAUGCAGAAUAGACAAAGAUUAAAGGAAUUCAUGGAAUAUCAAAGGCAAGGGGAUGAUCAAGGGUACUGGAAAAUCAAAGGUGCAGGUGAUAACGUCCCUACAGAGGAGGACGUCCGGAAUAUGAUAACACCUGAGGAUGUUUGUAUGCUUGAUAGCAUGCAAUCUGGUAAUCAGAUUUUAGAAGAUUAUGGGUACCUUUUUUCAGACGAACAGCCAAGUCUGCAAGAACAACAGAAGAAGAAAUUUGAUGAAAAGGGUGACGAAAAAGACGACAGAAAGGAUAAAGAAAAGGAUAAGGAUGGAGACAAAGAUGCUAAAGAAGGUAAGCGGAAGUAUAAUAAGGAUACAGGAGAAAUCAAUGACUUUGAUAUUGAGGAAGAGUUGGCUCCUUGGAAUUGGACAAGAAACUUUCUUACUUCGACUCAAACCAAGACAAUGCUUCAAUUAAAUGGUGAAGGAGACCCUACGGGUAUUGGUUUAGGGUAUUCUUUCUUACGGGCCACACAAAAAAGUUCCUUUACUCCACUUUUUGCACCAAAGAGAGAGAAUGUUCCUAAGAAUACAUCCGCAGCUUACCAACAAAAAUUAUAUGAGCAUGAGAUCAAACGGAUUUGGUAUGAGCAAAGAAGGUCAUUAGCUGACCGAGUUGGUGAUUUUGAUUUAAGUAAAGAAAUUUAUGAGACAUAUAAGCCACUUGAUCAUUAUAAGUAUUUGAAACGCAAGUUUGAGGACGAAGAAGAGAGACAAAACAAAUUAAGACUUGAAAGAGAAUUGAAGCUUGCCGGUGAUGACAAAGAAAAGCCAUUACCUUCCCAAAGCAAACGGGUUCUUCGUAUUGAGAGACGAUUCAUGGAUGAAAAUGGGAUUGUUCAUCGUAAGGUUGAGGUUAUAUCUGAUCCCAGAAUAAUCAGAGCAUAUGUUAAACGGAAGAAGGAGAUUGAAGACGAGAAGAUUAAGAAUGCAGAUGUUGAUGAUAUUAUCCCUACUAGCGACAAAGAAUUGAAUAAGAUUCGGAAGAAGGCAUUGCAAGAGAAAUUGGCUAAUUUGGAAAAGAAGGUGAAGAUGUCUAAGAAUAAGAAGCCUCCAAAGGAUAGUAUACAUGCUGCUGCUGCUGCUGGGGGUACUAUUAUUGAUGCGAACACAGUGUUAUUACCUGAUGGUACCUAUGCCGUUGGUGGUAAGGGUAUUGGUAAAGGAAAGUCGACCAGAAGAAGAUGUAAAUCCUGUGGAGCAUUUGGUCAUAUUAGAACGAACAAAUCUUGUCCAUUGUAUCUGUUAACCAAAGGUGGAAAGAUACCUGCACCACCUGGGGCUGCAGCAGAAGCGCUUCUUGCCGCCAAAAAUGACAAUAAUAAUAAGAGUAGCAUGAAUCUGCCAUCGAUUUCAAACGCAGCUUCUCCAAGUACUACUAACGGGGUUUUACCUACAGAAAGUGCAAGUAAUCCAGCUGCAAAUGUGAAACCUGUUGAAGAGAGUUUACUUGUACCUAUUGCCACAACUGAAGCGUCAGCAGCUGCAGAAUAA